GAAGCGAAGGCGCGUCCACAAUAGCCCGGAGAAUAAGAGGAUGGUCUAAUAGCGGACGCCCCUUAAACAGGUUGCUCGUUGGCGCCGCGCUGGACCUGCUGCUGGGUUCGCCCUUUGCCUCGGGCAGGAUGGCGGCGGUCGCCAGUGCGGAGGAGCCGGCUUCUUCUCUAGCACCAGAUACCGUUAGAGCGGCGAUGCUCGGAGCCGCCGGGCUGCUGCUGGCGUUGUGGUGGCUGUUGGGCCGCCAGACUCUGCAGCGCCUUCCACCUGGCCCCAAGCCCUGGCCCCUGGUGGGCAACUUUGCCUUCGCCCUGCUGCCCAAAAGGCUGCAGGUCCUCGGCUUCUUCCCGACCCGCAAGAAGGAAGGGAACUGCGACCGAGCCGAGGAUGGAGGGCCGACGCCGAUGCAUGUGCUGCUUACCGGGCUGGCCAAAAUGUACGGCAGCAUCUUCCGAAUGGACUUGGGCAGCCGCCACGUCAUUGUGCUUAGCGACUUCGAAGCUGUCCGCGAUGCGCUGGUCACUCAGGCCGAGGUCUUCAGCGAUCGCCCCAGUAUGCCCAUGGUGGCCAUGCUCACCGAGAAGAAGGGUGUGGUGUUUGCGCCUUAUAAUCCAGUGUGGAAAAAACAAAGGAAGUUUUCCCACUCAACUCUCCGUCACUUUGGAUUAGGAAAGCACAGUCUGGAGCCUAAAAUCAUUGAAGAAUUUAAGUAUGUGAAAGAUGAGAUCCUGAAACAUGGAGAGGAGCAAUUCAAUCCUUUUCCUAUUAUUGGCAAUGCAGUGUCCAAUGUGAUCUGCUCAAUGGCCUUUGGUAGGCGCUUUGAUUAUGAUGAUGCUGAGUUCAAGAACAUGCUAAAUCUUAUGUCACGUGCACUGGUGUUCAGCCUGAAUAGUCAGGUACUGUUGGUCAACAUUUGCCCAUGGCUCUAUUAUCUUCCUUUUGGACCUUUCAGAGAAUUCAGGCAGAUUGUGCUGGAUAUCACAGCUUUCUUGAAAAACAUCAUUAAACAGCACAGGGAAAGCUUGGAUGCCCAGCAUCCCCGAGACUUCAUUGAUAUGUAUCUUGUGCAUUCAGAUGAAGAAAAGAAGAUCAAUGGGGAAAGUAGCUUUAAUGAAGAUUACCUGUUCUUCAUUAUUGGAGACCUUUUUAUUGCAGGCACAGAUACUACAUCCAACACCCUACUCUGGAGCCUUCUUUACAUGUCCCUUCACCCACAAGAGCAAAGAAAGGUUCAAGAAGAAAUUGAAUUGGUCAUUGGGUGCAACAGACCUCCUACCCUGGCUGAUAAGGCGCACAUGCCCUUUACAGAAGCAACUAUUAUGGAAAUUCAAAGGAUGACAGUGGUUGUCCCUCUUUCUAUUCCUCGGAUGGCCUCAGAAACUACUGAGCUUCAGGGAUACAUUAUUCCAAAGGGCAGCAUAAUCAUUCCUAAUUUAUGGUCCGUGCACAGAGAUCCCAACAAAUGGGAAAACCCAAAUGAUUUUUGCCCUGCAAGAUUUCUGGAUGAGAAUGGCCAGCUCCUCAAAAAAGAAACAUUUAUUCCUUUUGGAAUUGGCAAACGUGUGUGCAUGGGAGAACAGCUUGCCAAGAUGGAGCUUUUCUUGAUGUUUGUGAGCCUUUUGCAAAGUUUCACCUUUAUAUACCCUGAGGACUUAAAGAAACCACCAAUGGAAGGAAGAUUCGGCCUGACGUUAGCUCCCUUUCCAUUUAAACUUAUUGCCUUAAAGAGAUGAGGAAACUUCCAAGACAAAUGCUGCAUGAUGUUCAUGUUACUAUAUGAAAUUCAGGGCUUUAAAUGAAACGUUCUUCACCAAAAGCUAGUCAUUAGCCCAAACAGGCUAGGGAAUUUUCAGCCCAUGGGGCAUCCAAAAAUUAUCAAGCACUUUCUUCUUCGCUUGGGCUGUCCCCCACUUGAUACGCUGAAACUCUUCAACUAUAGAAACAAACUGAAGUAUGUUGACCCCAAGAGCUGCAGAGUAACAAGAGAAAAUUGGGGCAGCCACAUGUAAGGGAACCAUUAAAUGGUGUUAAAUGCCUUUUUAUAGUAGAUAAAAAGCAAAGGAAAAUAUUGGAAAUCUAAUUUGCACACGACAAUAGACAAAAGCCAAAAAAAAAAAAAAAAAUAAAUCAGAAAGCACUUUAUGUAUUUGGAACUUUUUAAAAAGACAUAGUUAAAGAUGCUUAACAGGUUAUUUUAAAAACUUAAGCGGCAUUGCAAACUGUCUUAAAAACCAGAGUCUGUUGGGGAGUCUUGGGUGUGUGUCUUCUAUUGGGUAAGUUUGGCUUGUCUUCACUUUCAGCAGUAAAUCAAGAAAAAAAAAUAGCUGUCCUGCACAUGCAAAUGUUAGUUCAAUCCUCGGGCCGACUCCUUUUACGUGCUCCAGGGAGGCUGCUUAAAAGAAAAAAGUAUAAAGCCUCAAACAUACAUAGAUGUGUUCAAUUAAAUGAAUGUUCCAUCCUUGUUUUAAUAAUGAAGGCAAAAUUUACUUUUAAAAGAUAAUGGAAAUGGAAUGAGAUUUCAGGGUGAUGCAGAAUGAUGUUAUUGAUUCUAAGGGACCAUCUUUGUGUCCAAACUACUGUUCCUUUGUGUUAAUCAAGAAAAGCAAAACAGUGAGUGGACUUCCACAAUUCAAUUUUUAAUAUGUAUUUCUUGAGAUUUAUCUCAGGGCAGCUCUGUUCAUUGUUUGCUAAAAGCAAAUUUUUGUUGGCACAAUUUAGGUAAUUUCUCAACUGUUCACAUUCUGAGUUUCUGGCAGAUUUCAGAAACUGAUUUAACCAGCAAGCCACCCAUAACAUCUAUGUUGAAAAUGUGUAAUACAUAGUUUAAAUGCCAUAGGAAGUGGCAUUAGCAUGGUCAAACUGUAACUGCUUCAGGAAAGCAUAGGAAAUACAAUGAUAAAUAUCUAAAAAUAGGAUUUUAUUGGGCAGAAGAUGUACUUGUCUCUAGCACUUUAGUGCUCUUACCAUUUGUAUUGGAGAACAGUCUUGACCAGUUAUAAUUGUGGUCUUGGCAUGAACUAUUCAUAAAAUAAUUCAAUUGACAAAUAUUUGAGUUUGAAUUUUGGGACAUAACAUUUAAUUUAAAAAGGCCUUUAGAAAUGAAAGAUAGGUAGGAAUGCAAUUCUUUUUUUAAAAAAGGUUUUUAUUAAUUUUUCAAUAAACACGAAACCACAAACGUAGAUACAAAAAUACAUGCAAAAACAGAAAAAAAAGAAUACAAGAGAUACACAAGAGAAAAAAGAAAGAAAGAGAAAGAAAAGGAAAGAGGAAAAAAGAAAGAAAAAAAGGAAAAGGAAAAGAAAAAGAUAUAUUUUUUUUUGCAGAACUGUGUCCAUUUGCAAACCUUAUCCCUAUAGAAUACUUAUAGUCUAUAUAUUUUAUUUCAUCAAAUUUUGUUAUGUCUGAGCCUGUUUCAUCUUUCUUUUUCAUCCAUUCGUACCAUUUUUCCCAUGAUACAUAGUACUCAGAGUCUGUCAUAUUUUUUUUUAGUUUCUUGGCAUUAAAGCCUCUUUGUGGUGAAAAAAAUAUGAGUGGGAUUUAUUUUCUUUAUCCCAUAGAAAGGCAUGCCACCCUUUUUGUAAAUCAUGCUCUUCCAAUAUAAGUAAUCUUUUAUUUCUUAAAUUUGUCCACGCCUUAAUCCAGGUUAGAAUUGCUGCUUUAUAAUAGAGUCGCCAAUCUGGGAGCCCUAGACCACCUCUGCUUCUGCUAUCUUGGAGGUCUGUUAGUUUUAUUUGUGGUUUUCUGCCAGCCCAUAUAAAUUUCAGUGUAAUUUGAUUCAGUUCUAUAAAGAAUUUCCUAUCUAAUUUUAUGGGUAUGGUCUGGAAAAGAUAUAACAGUUUUGGCAGAACAUUCAUUUUGAUGGCUGCGAUUCUGCCCAUCAUAGAUAUUUGUAGUGCACCCCAUCUUUCUAAAUCCAAUUUUAUUUGCUAUAUAAGUUUUGUAUAAUUAUCCUCUUAUUGAAGAGCACUUCGCAGUCAACCAUAUUCCUAAAUAUUUAAUUUUUUAGCGCUUUGUAGUCCCAAUUUCCCUUCUAAUUCUUUUUCUUGUUGUUCUGUCAUAUUUUUGACUAUUAUUUUUAUUUUAUUUAUUUUAUUAGUUUGAUUUAUAUGCCACCCUUCUCCGGAGAUUCAGGGCGGCUUACAAUGCUUUUAAGCAAUAGCCUUCAUACUUUUGUAUACCUGCUUAGUAGGGCUUUUGACCCCCCCAAUCGGUGUUCGAUUUGUCUUGUUGAUUUUAAGGCCGGAUAUCUCUCCAUAUUUUUCUAUCUUCUUUAUUAAUAUCGGGUCUGUCUCUCUUAGAUCCUCAAUAAAAAACACCAAAUCAUCUGUGAAUGCUUUUAAUUUAUAUUCUUCUCUCUUAAUUUUGGUCCCCUUAAUCUCUGUAUUUGCCCUAAUCUUUCUCAAAAGUGAUUCCAAUGUCAAAAUAAAAAGGUGAUAAUGGGCAUCCUUGGCGAACACUUUUUUAUCUCAAAUGAUUUUGUAAUUUCUCCAUUAAUUAUAAUAUUUGCUUUUUGGGUGGAAUAAAUUGUUUCAAUCAUCUGUUCAAAUUUAGUACCAAAUUUCAUUUCUUUAAUUAGUUUAAUCAUGUAUGUCCAAUUUAAAUUAUCGAAGGCUUUCUGCGCAUCCAGAAAAACAAGGGCUACUUGCUUCUCUGGAUGUGCCUCGUAAUAUUCUAAUAUUGUUGUGGCCCAUCAGCAGCCUGUGCAGUUAAUAGCUGAUUCCAACAGCGAGGAGGCUGGUGUGGUGCUGUGCCAGCAGCCUGUGCAGUUGGCACUCGAGUCGGACAAUAAGGAGGCUGGAGAAGAUGUGGUGCCAGAGGUGGGGAUUCAGCCAGGGCCUUCAGAACCUUCAGAAGCUCCCAUAAAUGAAGAGGAAGAAGAGGAGGAGCCUCUUCUCGAUGCACGAGCUCACAGAGCUGUGAAAAGGCAGGAGUGGCUCCUCAGGAGGAGGUCUCCUCGAGAGUAAGGCUUGGGACUAAUUGGCCACUCCCCUAAGGCAUAUUAUAUCUACAUUCUGUCUCAUUUUGAAAGUAUCUUUUUCUUUUUUGUCUGAUCAUUCAGUCCAUUUAUGUUUAUUGAUAGUAGUUCGGUUUUUUUCUCUAUUUUCUUAUUUAUCUGCCGGUCUCUGAUUUCUGGUUGCCCUAGGAGUUCUUUUUGGUCUGAUCCCAGUUUCUUUUCCUUCAUCUCGGUUUUCCAUUGUCACCCUAGUUCUUUCUUCCAUUUUCUCACUUCCAAAUCCUUGUGUUUGUUCUUCUGUACUAACCACCUCCAAUUGCUCUCUGCUGCUUGAGCUUUCCUUCACCCCUGUCAAUUGAUCAAAUAAUUCUUGGGCUUUGUCCAGGUUAUCAAUUUUAAUUUUUUUCCCCUGCCAAGUUAUUAUCAUUCCUUCUGGGAUGAUCCACCUAAAUAGAAUUCUUUUUGUAUUCAGAAGUAAUGCCAGGAACCUAUAGUCCCUCCUUUGUUCUCAUAUCCGUCUAGGAAUCUGUUUUAGUGUUAUGAUUUCUGUCCCGUUAUAGAAUAUUGGUUCUUCUUUUGUAGUUUUAUAUACAUCCUCCCAGAUCUUUUUGCAUGCAAAUCUAAUAUGUACCUCUCUUAGGAAGUGAUGGCGACUUGCAUAGUUAGUUUGAGCUUGAUAUAUUUCAUCAAGUUUGUUCCUAAUCUCGUUUAUCUCUCUGCAGAGCUUCAGCAAUCAGUUCCGCCAUUAUCUCCCCUAGAUUCUCUUCUUUUAUUUCAACUACAUUCUGAAACCUCAAAUAGAAGGCGGCUCGGUCCAUCUCAAGAUCUAUCAGGGAAUUUUCCAAAUCCUUAUUUGCCAGCAUAAGUUUUUGAUCUACCUGUUCUAAUUUUUUUCCCGUUUGUUCUGUUUUGAUUUCGACUGAUUUAAUUCUUUGUUCAUUUUUUUGUAUUGCCUGUUGAAUUGAAUCCAUUUUGGUGUCUAAUGUUUGUAUAUCCAAUUUCAGGUCACCAUGAUUUUUAACCAUUAUCUCUUGCAUUUUCAUCAUGCUGUCCUGUAUUGUGACUAAUGUAGAUUGCAUCAUUUGAACUGAUAAGUUAGUAUUAGGUUUUUCUGCCAGGAGCAUCAUAUCUAUUGUUUUCUGGUUUGAUGGGGAGGCCAUCGCCACUGUUGGAUUUGAUGCCGCCCUUUUCCCUGCUCUUAGGGUUGUGGUGGUAAUGGUAGUCAUUUCUUUUAAGAUUUUACUUUGUUCUCCCAGAAUAUUAUAAAUUUUUGCCCAAAUUACCAUCCACUGUUGUCAUUGAGUUGCUUACCUAUUUUUUAUAAUCUAUGUGUAUUUUACGCUCUAUUUUCUAUUUCUAUUGUAAUAUCCUUAAUUACUUACCAUAUUUUUUGGAGUAUAAGAUGCACCUUUUUCCCCCCUAAAAGGGGGUGACAAUUUAGGUGUGUGUUAUACACCGAAUGUAGCCCCGCCUGCCCACUGGCUCCCACCCUUUGGCCUCUGCCUCGCAGCAGUUACCUCCUUGCAAGCAAACAGCAAGAAAAAACAGCUCCUUCCAGCUUCAGCACAGCCUAAUUAGCACAAGUUGAUUGGAUGGGCCUCCCGACUCUCAGCUGAUUGGCUCUCAGCUGAUUUGCGCAGGGCUCUGCUGCUUGCUGCAAGACGUAAAUUGCUGGAGUAGAUUUUUUUUCCUUGUGCUAAUCAAGGUAUGCUGAAAAGGAAAAUGAAAAUAAAGCAGGCUGUUUGCUGUUUGCUGCAACAAGGCAAAAUUGCUCAGAGGCAGAGGGAGAUUUCUUUUUCUUCUUUUCCUCACCAAAAAAGGUAGGUGUGUCUUAUACUCCGGUGCGUCUUAUACUCCGAAAAAUACGGUAAUCAGAUUUUACACUUAUAAAUCAAUAACCCAGCAUAGAGAUACAGUACGAUAUAAUUACAAUCCAGUUACAAAUUAAUUGCUUAAUUACUUAUAGUAAGUUGAAUUAUAUUAUAUGAAUAUAAUUAAUAUAAUAAGUAUUCCUACUCCUAAGUAUUUAGUUUACAAGGAUUUAUAAAAGUAUAUAAAAGUUUAUAACUAUUUCAUUAUUGAAUCUGAUUUCAUCACCAUGAUCUAAAUAAUCAAUAAUUAUUAAUUUAUGUGAGAGAAAGACUCCCUUAUCUUUUCCCAAUUCCUGUUUUCAUACAGAGACAUGAGGAUGCACUUAGACAUGUUUGAAGAGAACUUUAUUUUGUAACGUUUUAAUUAAAUUAACUGCAUUUUAAAAGAGAGAAAUUUUCCUUGGUGAGGUAAGGUAGCUAUUCCUUUUCCUGCAUGUUAUCCUAAUUAAAAAAAAAUCAUACUGCCAAAAUUUGGGGCUUGUACUUUUUGAUGGAAAAUCAAAAGUAAUUCCAAUUGAACAUGGCGGGUUUUCAUUCAUUUUCAGUUGAGAGAGAACCUGAAUUAAUGGAUCAGCAGGUUUGAUGAACAGACUCAACCAUUUUUCGCUUACUUGUGGUUUAUUGCAUGAACAAUAUUUAACUGGUUCAUACAAUAGUGUUAAAAAUUAAACAAAGGGCAUUGUGACAUAGUGUAAUAUGAAUUACUGUAACUCGCAGAAUGAAUUAUCCUUUAAAAAGGAAACUUGGCCAUCUUCGACAAUCCUUAUCCUUCAAUUGCACUGCUAACAUUUAGACGAGUACUGCUAUGGCAGAUAAUCUUAUGAGGCAAAAUACAACCGAUCCUUGGUAUGGCAUGUGUGUCUUUUUGUAAUGAAGCAAUCUUUUACUGAAGCAUUUUAUAAUUUUGUCAGAUUCCAAAGGUCUGUAUUUCUGCAUUUUAGAAGGCAUUAAGGGCCUGUAUAAGAGCUGGGUAUAUUAGUUGCCUAUACCUUGCUAAUGUUUAUAUUGUCUAAUGUUGUUUUUGAAAUGAAUGCCUUGUUUAGAAUUUUAGGAUGAGAAUGUAAAAUCCAAGAUCUGAAAUAAUAAGAUUGCUUUUUUUUAAAGGGGCCUAUAUUUAGACACAGUGUGAAAUAUGUUCAUCUAAAUAAAGUUUUAGAUAAAUAAAAUAUUUGUCUAAAUAAAGUUUUGUUUUUAAAAACCGA